CUUCCCCUCUUCUGCUCUUCCAAACAGGCUGUUUCUCUACUGGAUUUUUAUUUUCUCCACUCCUCUGAUCUCUUCAACCCUAUUCCCCCUUUCUGGCCAAGGAGGCUGAGCUAAACAAGGCCUGCAAGAUGGUCCCCAAUGAGGUGAAGGUGAAUGGAAUUAAGAUAGAUGGGCUGGAAGCAGCUGAAACCUCCCAGCCAGUUCACGUUAAUAUCCACAUCCACCAGGAGUCGACUUUGCCUGAGCUUCUCAAGGCUGGGAAAUCUCUGUUGAAAUUCUUUGUUAAGCCUGCUGGCACUCCUGAGUUGAGUGCAAGAAAGAGUCGGCUACAGUUAGCAACCUGGGCUGCACAGAUAAUAUUGGGAGCCAUGAGUGGAGCCCUAGGAGUCUUCUUCUGUAUUGGCUCCUUCAACAGAUUAAGAUAUUCUGGAGCUGCUUUCUGGACUGGAGCUGUGGCUAUUUCAGCUGGAGUUGUUGCCAUAAUUCAAGAGAAGCGGAGAGGUACAUGGUGGAGCUUACUGAAAAACCUAUUCAUCCUGGCAACUAUUUCUGCUUCCGUCGCUGCCAUCAUUAUCUGUGCUCAAGAGCUACAAUACUCAUUCUACUACUUGGACAAUCUAUGUGGUAAAGAAAGUGUUUGGCCCACUCAGGCCUAUAACACUCUGGAACCACAGGAAGUCUGGAGGAAAAGCCAGUGCUUGGAUUACAUGAACAUGCUGCGGAGCCUGAAAAAAGGAAUUACAAUCAUGGCACUACUAGUCUGGAUCACAGUGCUGGUGGUAACACUGGUCCCUAUGGGGUUCGCCCUCGUGUACCCAUGCUUCUGGCGCCAGAGCAACGUGCCACCUGAAGAGGAUGUAGAUGAGAAGAAACCACUUCAUGGAGAGUUGAACUUUGCAUCCCCUGCCAAGGUGGCAGGGUCCUGUGAAGCCUAAGCCUCAGCUGGGCUAGGUGGUUCUGAAAUACCUAUUAUUCCUCUUUAUACAUACAUAUAUCCUGAUGUCACUGCUCAGCUCCUCAGCUCCACUUCAAACAGUAAUAAAGUGAGCUCUUCCCACAAUUUCUUCCCAUUCUGCCUCUUCCCACAAUUUCUGGGAGUUCCCUGCUUAUCCUCCUUACUUUGACAAAAAUCUGCUAAUAAAACAAUGACUGCAGCCCUGGGUCC